UAUAUAAAUCAACCCCAGCCUAGCUAGCUAGCAACCAUCCAUUGCACACACUAGCUAGCUACGACUACGAUCGAGUAGCUCAUAAUCCAACUGAUCGAUCGAGCAUGGCGAGCACGAGGCUACUGCUACUGGCCGUGUUUGCUCUCCUACAGAUUCUCUACUCCGUCCAUGGCGCCGUCGAAGACGUCGGGUUCACCUCCGCAGUGAACUCCACCAGGCACAAGCCAAAGCACCCGCACCCGCACCCCGGAGGCGGCCACGGGCAGUGCCGCGCCAGCGGGGUCCUGCACGGCAAGGCGAGCAAGUGCAACAAGGCGCACGGCUCCGAGUGCUGCGCGGCGGGGCGCCGGUACCCGCAGUUCAAGUGCUCUCCGCCCGUGACGGCCAAGACGCCCGCGACGCUGACGGUGAACAGCUUCGCGCGCGGCGGGGACGGCGGCGGCAAGUCCUUCUGCGACGACCACUUCCACGGGGACCGCGAGCUGGUGGUGGCGCUGUCCACGGGCUGGCUGCGGCUCGACGGGACGAACCGCUGCAACAGGAAGGUCCGCGUCUCCCACGGCGGGAAGUCCGUGGUGGCCAAGGUCGUGGACGAGUGCGACUCCGUCAACGGCUGCGACCCGGAGCACAACUUCGAGCCGCCGUGCCCCAACAACGUCGUGGAUGGGUCGCCGGGGGUGUGGAAGGCGCUCGGGCUCGACGACGGCAUCGGGGAGGUCAAGGUCACUUGGUCUGAUGUAGUUGUAGGCACCAUGGCACUGUUAGUCCUCGUCGCGCUUUCCAUGUCCAACGUCGCUUCCUCCCUUCGCCUUAGCCUCGGCGUCUGCCGGGCCAGCGGAUACCUCCCGGGGAAGGCCGGCCAUUGCGAGAAGAGCAACGAUCCAGAUUGCUGUGAGGACGGCAAGAGGUACCCACAAUACCACUGCUCGCCGCCAGUGACAUCGAGCACCAAAGCUGUGCUGACGCUUAACAGCUUCGAGAAAGGUAAGGACGGCGGCGGCCCGUCAGAGUGUGACAACUCCUACCACAGCGAUAAGGAGCUGGUCGUCGCGCUCUCUACCGGCUGGUUCAAGAAUAUGGCCCGCUGUGGCCACCGCAUCAAGAUCUCCGCCAAUGGCAACUCCGUAUACGCCAAAGUGGUGGACGAGUGCGAUUCAGUGUAUGGCUGUGAUGACGACCACAACUACGAGCCGCCGUGUGCCAACAACAUUGUGGACGCCUCACCUGCGGUGUGGAACGCCUUGGGGCUUGACCAGAAUGUUGGCAUGGAGGAUAUCACCUGGUCAGAAGAGUAAACAGCAGAACUACGUGCCAAGCAUACAAUAGCAGUCAGUACAGAGAUAUAUAGCAUGUGACUAUGUAUAGAGUUAUAGCAGGAAGUGUGCAUUGUCUCUGUAAAUAUAAUGUGGUCAUGCCGUUUUACAUAUUAUUGCACUUGAUAAAUUAUUGCUACUUCAUCCAGCACAUCCUUAGAAAUGAA